CUCAUCAGCUCCUGUUGACCUUGAACACAUGAUCAUGUGGAUGUUAAAGGGGUUCAAGUUGAACGUUAAUCCUGCAUUCAGCAGCGAGCAGCUCAUCAGGGCAUCACCUCAGCACUGCUGUCACCAUGGUAACCGUGUCAGUCCUGCUUCUCCUGCUCUCUGCUUUUACUCCUCCAGUCCAGAGUCAACUCACUUCACUCCAUAUCAUUCCGGGUGACAUGAAUCAGACUGAGGCUCGGAAAGCUUGCAGAGAAAAUUACACCGACCUCAUCACUGUGUACUCUGAUGAAGACAACACUAAACUGGCUGAACUGGUGAUAAAGACUGGUGUGCAUUCUGGUUGGAUCGGACUCUAUCGCAGUGAUUUCAGUGAGAAAUGGUCUAAUGGUGAUCCUGUAACAUUCAGAAAUCUGACAGAGGAUUGUGGGAUAUCAAGCUACUGUGCCAUUAUGAAGGCUGAUGGUUCAUGGGAAAGUCUGCAGUGCACAGUGACUAAACAUUUCAUGUGCUAUGAACAAGAUGCUUCCUCACAGACUCGUAAUUAUCAUCUAAUCCUUGAGAAUAAGACCUGGUAUGAAGCUCAGCGUUACUGUAGACAGAGAUACACUGACCUGGUCAGCAUCAGAGAUCAGCAGCACAAUGAAGAGGUGAGGAUUAAAGGGUUAAACAGCAGCACACCCUUCUGGAUCGGCCUGCUGUGUGAUGACUGGCAGUGGAUUGAUGGAGGAAUCUCUGCCUACAGAAACUGGGAGAGCCAUCAACCUCUACCACAAGGCAACUGUGCAGUAGUGAAAGGAGGGAGAUGGUACUCACACCCAUGCAGUAAUCAUCACUCUGCUUUGUGCUACUACUGUAAGUGUCGACUUCCUGAACAGUAAAAUCAUCUCAGCAAUCUUCUGUAUGAUGACUAGAACACAGCUGGUGUGAGUCUCUGUCUCUGAUAUCACUCUAAACAAUCCUCCUCCUUUUGGUGUUUUGUGUCUCUAUCAGAUUACAUCCAUGUGAGUGAAGAGGCUCUGAGCUGGGAGAAAGCGCUGUAUUACUGUGAUAAAGGGAACAGAACUAGAAUUCUGAUCAUCGAUUCUCAAGCUGAACAGGAACAGUUAGAGUCUGAGCUCAUGAGGAGACGUGUCCCUCCAGGGUCUCUGUGGGUGGGGCUUGGACCAAACCGUCUCUCUGAGCUGAAGGUGUCCUCUGGUCCGCUGACCUGCGAGGACAUACAGAGACAGAGCGAAGCUGACACACACACUGCCGACGCAGCACCAGAUUAUGUGAUGGACUCCACUGAACUUCGAGUCGUGUGUAAACUGAAGUAAAGUUGUUUCAUACAUUAAUGAAAGUUAUUGUGAAAUGUUUACUGUUUUAAUAUUUUUAAUCUUAUAUUACCAACAUAAAAACCUUGAAUAAACACUACUGUUCUUUAAUUAUCAAUAAACAUUCUGUUAUAUAAUAAGAACUAUAUAUUGAUUCUGAAAUGUAACCUGGUGUUCUGACAGCAAAAAGGUAUCUGCAUUAAUUUUACUCUCAGGCUUAUAUAUAUUUUUACCC